CGGAGCGGCCGCGGCCCCCGCGCUGCUCCGCAGGGCCGCCGAGCCAUGGAGGGCUUCGUGGACUUCACCAACCGCUGCCAGGGCCGCGACCAGCUCUACCGAGCCACUCAGUUCACAUGCAUGUUGCUUAGCUAUUUAAUAGAGAAUAAAACCGAUAAAAAGAAGCUGGUAACGAAACUCAAGCAGCUGGAAUCUAGCAUGAGCUCUGGCCGGAAAAUGUUCAGACUGGGCAACAUGGUGCAUGCCUUGGUGGCAGCCAGGAAGAGUGCAGAGCUGCCAGAGGUGGUUCCUCGCCUGUGCCUCACAGCCUCCCACCUGAGCCGGGCCCUGUACUUCGUGUGCGACGCCGUGCUGUGGCUCAGGAGCGUCGGGAUCCAGCCCCACAUCGACAGACCCAAGUGGCACCACUGGGCCACCAAGUGCUACUACUGCUCACUCCUGCUCAAUCUGGCCAGGGACUGGUAUGAGAUCUCCUGGAGGCUGGAAGAAGCUGCACUGGAAGAAAAGAUAAAGGAGAGUUGCUUCUUGAAGGAACACAACGGGGGACUAAAUGGUGUGAAAAGUGAUGGUUUGCAGAGUUUUCUCCACCAGCUCUUUCAGAUUCUGAAAAGGAAUCCUCCUUUGCUGCUGGACUUGGUGAAGAACCUCUGUGAUCUCUCAGGCCCUCUGGAUACGCUGGGGAUCUACAAGACCAAUGCAGGAGUGAUUGGUUUCUGUGGCCUCCUCUCCUCCCUGGUGGGGAUCCUCACAUUAGCAAGCCCACAUUUGAAGCUCAAACAAUGAUAUAAAAGGAGCUGCAUAGUGUGAGGCUGCAGCUUUGAUCCUCUUGAUAGAUUUUUUAUCUUCAUAUGGCACUUUGGAAUGAACAUGUCUUAAAAUAACCUCAAGAUUAAUUUUGUCCUCUGAAUAAUUGAAUUCUGCCCUUUUUCCUUCCCUGUGCCUUUGCAGAUGAAUUUGGUACCAUGACACACUCCCUGCUGGAGUGGAGAGAGGAAAAGGCCGAGCAGUAUUUCACAAACAGAAAGAGGACUUGGAACUUGGCUGCUAGAUAAGAAAAUAUUCUUUUAUUUUAAUACAGGGUUGUGAAAUAGGUGCAUAGGCAACAGUAAUAGCUACAUGAUUCAUAACUACACUGAUCAUGUUUACACUGGAAAGUUUUACUAAUUCACUAAUCCAAGGUCCCUUCAGUCAGAUUGUCUAGAGUGGGCUAAGGCAGGUUAGGAUCUACAGUUAGAAUGGCAUGAAGUCAGGGAUGAGUGUUCUGGUGGGUUUGGAUUGAUGGAUCCUGUGUUCUGCAAGUACUGAGUGCACUGUGAAGGUACCUGGAAAUUGUCUCUGUGAUGUGUGCACUGGUGAUGCCAGAGCUGCAGUCUAGUGAGUGCCAACUCCUGUCCCAAGAAAUCUGCACUUUCUUUGUUUCCUUUGAUACUGUGAGCCAAGGACUGUUGGCCAGUGACUCUGACUGCUCCAGCAGGCCACAGCUGAGGGCUUUGGUGCAGGACACCACAUUAACUCCCAAACCCCUGUAAUUGCAAGCACAACUAUUUUCCAUUGAUGAUAUUGUGAUAAGGAGCUUGUUCUCUUUUAAUUUUACAUGAACAAUUCCAGUAUAAUAAGGAGUUUGGUACGUGCAGUUAAGGAGAGAAGCCUGGCUCAGAGCUCGUUGAGUCAGAAAAACUGCAAGGACAUGUUUCUAGUUGUGUAAUCUCCAGGAGGGAAGAGAGUGGAGUUGGUCAUGAUAACAUCAGAAUCCUGUGUGAGAAGAAAGCUUUUUACUGGAUUUGGGCAUUCAUGGUUUGGACUUUCCUAUCUGGUGCUCCCUAUCCUCCCUGCUCAUGACCACAUGAUUGUUUGUGUGCUCCCUCGCUGGCUGAAUGGGUGCAACCAUUUGAAAAUGCCUCAUGUUUGCCCUGCAACUGUGUUAUUGUUUACCACUGACCUCACUGGCAGUGAUGGCUGGCAGUGUAACUGGGUUAAAAGAGAAAUGCUGUGUCCAGCUGGCUAGCAUGGCAUGCAGUUUUUGCUUCUCCUGACUGCACAGAGUACCAGUUUUACACUAUCUGGGACAAAAUUGCACAUCAUAUAGGAGAUAAAUGUAACAUUUUUCUUUAUCAAGUAAGGCCUGUGUGUUCUGCUGCUUCCCGGUGUAAGAAGUCCUUGUUUAAUCUGUCAAGGAGAUUUAACCUGGACCAAGGUGCUCUCUUAUUAUUUCUGAUGCUAUCUAAAAACAGAAAAUUAAGAGGUGUAGGUCUCCUUUAUUAAAAGGCAAAGGAUGUGGAAUUAAGUAGGCAGCUGAGGCAGUGCUCCAGUUUACCUGAAGUUGUGGUUGGGCUUGGAAUUACUUCCAGUUUGAAUACGAAGUGAUAGCCUGCCAAUGAAGUGUUUGAAAAGAAAGAGGUUGCUGGGCAGGAUAAUUAAAUGUGUUUGAAGACCAAAUGUGGCCUUCAGCAGCUCUUCUUUUUAAUAUGGAAAUGAGCACCACUAAAAGUAGAGCAUACUGACAGUUGAGGCCAAAGUGGAGUAUUGUGAGUGGGAUAGAUAUUAUGGGCUAUAUUCUAGGCUUCCUCUCCUUUAUAACAAUGGAAUUUUUUUGUUUCUUUCUCCAUUUGUCUUUCAUCUCCUGGCUAUGUAGAAUCCAUCCCUACCUUGGUCAGAGUUGAUUAUUAUCCCAGUAUGUAGCAACCCCUGGAAGAAAGGAAGAGGAGUCUUGAUCAUCUGAUAGUGGAGGUUUGACUAGUUUUUUGUCUACAGAAUUUCAUUUUAUUGCUAAAAAUGUGGUUUCAAUCCCGCUCAGGGGAGCUCUCAAAUGCAAAAUACUUCACAAAAUACUUUCACUGUUUUGCCAACUGCUUUCUCUUUCUUUCCUAGGCUUUUCAGGGAAAGCCAUUGAUACAGUGGUGUAGCCCAAUCUCCACCACCCUGUGCCCUGCAGGCAAACACUGUGCAAAGCUCUGAGCCAGGCUUUGAUGUUUUUCCCAAAGGGCCUGGUGUGGAUUAGCAUGUACAGCCUUAUUGAGGGAAAUGGGGCGUGAAUUUUCAGCCUGUCUCAGCCCUGCCUGUCCCAUUCUCCAUGAUGUAGGUUGGAACACACGGGAAUACCUCUGUUUACUGAUGUUAAGCACUAAUAUUUGCCUUCUGCUCCCCAGCUGGAAGCUGGUGAUUUAAGGUACCUUAAUGUAAUGUGACUGAAGACAUAGCAUUGUGAUCAUAUAGAGAAAAUCAUUUUAGUGCCUUUUUUUGUAUGUUUCUAAUACAGCACUUGGAAUAAGAACAAGAAGUUUGAACAUGAGCAAUAAACUGUAAUGAGUGUGA